AUGCUCCGCUCUGCAGACCCUUCCACCUUUCGUUCUGCUCUCUGCCGCUCUUCCGCUCUAUCGACAUCGUUGAGAACAACUCGCCUAGCGCAGACAUACCUACCUCUUCCCGCUCAACCUACGCCGCGCACCGCCCUCCUCACUUCCCGCUCCAUCUACACUACCGCUGCCGCCAAGAUGCCGCACAUGCCUCAAGGAAUCGUCAAGGGCGGCAAGGAAGAGCUCAAGCUCAACAACCAGUCGCUCUGGCAGACAAAGGCCUACAUCAACGGAGAAUGGGUCAGCGCUGACAACAAGUCCACCCUCAAGGUCUUCAACAAGGCCACCGGUGCAGAAAUCGGUCAGGUGCCCGAUCUUGGCGCUAAGGAGACCGCCGCCGCUAUCGCUGCCGCUGACGAGGCCUUCAAGUCGUGGUCCCAGACCACUGCCAAGCACCGCCACGAUCUGCUCAUGAAGCUCUUUUAUGCCCAUCAGCAGAACGCCGAAGACCUGGCCAAGAUCAUUGUCGCCGAAAACGGAAAGGCGUUUGCUGAAGCAAAGGGAGAGCUGGCUUACUCCAACGGCUUCCUCGAGUGUUGCAACCUGUCGGUGUCGCCGGCCUUAUCACGCCGUGGAACUUCCCCGCCGCCAUGA